CUAACGGAGAUAGAGGAAAGAGAGAGAGAGAGAGAGAUAAACUAAGAGAGCCCUUCUGCUCACACCGUCGUGGUUACUUCCUGCAGAAGGUUCUCUGUGAUUCUCCCAUUAUUACUUUAAAAAGAAAAAAAAAAACCCAAAGAAGAAGACGUAGAUAUUUGAAAAAAUAAAAAAAAAAGAUUUUAUAUCGAAGGGGUUUCGUGGAGAGAACCUUGUUUCCAACCCUAUAAAAAAAAAUCCCCUCCUUUCAGAUUUCUUCUCUUCACGUAAUUGCUUUUGAUUUUUGUUUCCUCUCCGCUUCCAAUUACUCUUCCUUUUCCUCUUCGAAACGCCCUUUUCCAUUUCCCUGAAGGAAACUAGGGGAUUAUCUGAGAAUUGAGGUGGGGUUUUCUCUGGGUCUGUGGUAAUUAAUUGAAUUUGGUGGUGGGUUGAUGAUAAUGGGAUUUUGGUGGCUUUAUAAUUGUUGGGGCUGGUGAGAAUUCGGCUUUUUGGGAUAAAUUUCAUGGUGGGUCUAUUUCGAUUUAGGGGUAUUGAGAGGGAUUCAAGCUUAAAUUUGGGAAUUUUAUUGGUUUGCUAUAUCUUUUGUGGGAGCCUUUGCAGAGGUGGAUUUGGUCAAAAUUUGGAGUUUUAUCAUUAAAGGAAGAGGUUUUGGGAUUUUUUUCUCAUUUGGGUGCGGGUUAAUUUGCAGAAAUAUUGAAUUUUGAGUGGUCUAUUUGAGAUUUUUAUUGUGGUUUCUGGGAGCUGAAGAAAAGAUGAGUUCAAGUAUCACGGAGAAUUUGGUUCCUGAAGGGAAGCUUUUGGUUCAUAUAGCUGAAAAUGGACAUUCGUUUGAGCUUGAUUGUGAUGAAACUACAUUGGUUGAAGCAGUUAUGCAAUUGAUCCAACCGGUUUCCGGGAUUCACUUCAAUGAUCAGCUUGUUCUAUGUUCAGACAUGAAACUUGAGCCACAAAGGCCACUUUCUGCAUAUAAGCUUCCUUCUAGUGACCGCGAAGUCUUCAUAUUUAACAAGUCAAGGUUGCAAACUAAUUCCCCCCCACCAAUACCAGAGCAAGUUGAUAUAGAUGAAGUUUCAGAACCCCGGCCGCCAGCUUCUUCUAGUGAUCCUCAUCCUUUGGAUGAUGCUUCUGACCCUGCUUUGAAGGCUUUACCUUCUUAUGAGAGGCAAUUUAGGUACCAUUAUCACCGUGGACAUGUUAUAUAUAAUCGAACACUAGCAAAGUUGGAUCAUUGUGAAAGGCUGUUGAGGGAGCAGAAGGUUCAGGAGAGAGCAUUGGAAGUUGCAAGGAGUAAUUUAGAUCAAUAUUAUAGGAUGAUUCAUCAAAAUUGUUCGGAAUUCAUGAAGCGCUAUAAACAGCAAUAUCGUUUUCAUUCUGAUUUAUUGGAAAACUUUGACAAGGAUAUGCAGAAGUUGAGAUCCACUAAGCUUCAUCCUACAUUGCAGACUGCCACUAGGAAAUGCUUAUUGGAUUUUCUGAAGGAAGAUAACUUAAGGAAGUCCGCAGAUAAUUGUAACAGCUCCCACAAGCAGUUUGAGAACAAAGUUGUAGAUUUCAAUCAGACGUUUGGUGAAGUGAAGCGCAAGGUAGAGGAGUUGUUCACUUGGAGGGCUUCCUUGCCUAUUAAAAAUUUAGAACUAAGCAUUAAGGAGCACCAUCGGUACCUGAAUGAACAGAAGAGCAUUAUGCAGUCUUUAAGCAAAGAUGUCAAUACAGUGAAGAAGCUUGUAGAUGAUUGUCUGUCCUGCCAAUUGUCUUCCUCCCUUCGUCCUCAUGAUGCAGUUUCAGCCCUGGGUCCUAUGUACGAUGUCCAUGACAAGAGUCAUCUGCCCAGGAUGCUGGCUUGUGAACGUGCAAUAUCAAAGCUGCUUGACUUUUUCAAGGAUAAGAAGAAUGAGAUGAACAUCUUUGUUCACAACUACAUGCAAAAAACAACCUAUGUUACGUACUAUAUUAAGGAUGUCAAGUUGCAGUUUCCUGUUUUCAGAGAGGCGAUGAUCCGUCAGGAGGAUCUAUUUAGGGACCUUAAGUUUGUCCGCGGAAUUGGUCCUGCAUAUAGAGCCUGUCUUGCUGAAAUAGUAAGAAGAAAGGCAUCUAUGAAGCUUCACAUGGGCAUGGCUGGUCAGCUGGCUGAAAGGCUUGCAACAAAGAGAGAAGUUGAGGUCAGGAGACGAGAGGAGUUUCUAAAAGCACAUGGUUGGUUCAUACCCAAGGAUGUAUUGGCUUCCAUGGGGUUGUGUGAUACCCCCAACCAGUGUGAUGUCAAUAUAGCUCCUUUUGACACUACAUUGCUUGAUAUUGAUAUUUCUGAUCUGGACCGUUAUGCUCCUGAGUAUUUAGCUGGGCUGCCUACCAAGGCUGAGAAGCCUGGUAGCUUAAGAGGUUCUAUUUCCAUGUCGAAUGAGAGUUCUAAUUUGGCUGAUACUGAAGAGGUUGGUGUAGAUACUCUUGAAAAAGAUGAUUCUGAUGACAUCCUUGAGGGAUGCGAACUAGUAGAGAUUGCUGGAACUAGCAAGAUGGAAGUUGAGAAUGCAAAACUGAAAGCUGAACUUGCUUCUGCAAUAGCCCUGAUUUGUUCUAUGGGUCCUGAAUUUGAAUACGAAUCACUUGAUGAUUGUAAAGUCAAUAAUUUGUUGAAAGAUGCUGCAGAAAAGACUGCUGAAGCCUUGCAUCUGAAAGAUGAGUAUGGAAAACACCUCCAGUCUAUGCUCAAGGCAAAGCAAAUGCAGUGUGUUUCAUAUGAGAAGCGCAUUCAGGAACUGGAGCAGAGAUUGUCUGAUAAGUAUUCACAGGGGCAAAAGCUUUCCACAACUAAUGGUGGCACUGACUUUGGCCUCCUGGCUUCAAAGGCUGUUGAUUGCAAGCCUGAAAUCUCAGGUUGUGAGGUCAAUAUGCCUCGCAUAUCUACAUCUGAGCCCAUGGAUGAGGUUUCAUGCAUUUCUAGUUCUUUGGAUGCAAAGCUGGGACUUUUUACACGGCAAUCAAGCAAAGGUCGAGAAGGGGUUGAUGAGAAUAUGAUGGAUUCCUCUGGAAUGCUCAAUCCUCAGUUGGAUUCAUCAAUGCAAGAGCCGCAUCGAGAAGAACUGCAAGUUGGUGAGAAAGAUGGUAAAGAUAAGAUAGUGGGACAUUCGGGCAUGUCACUCACUAACAGUUCUACCGCAGAGAGCAUGCCUGAGCCUUUGAAUGCUUUACCUUGUGAGACAGUAGCUGAGCUGAUUUUCGAUACUAAAGUUAGGGAGGAUCUUGUGUUGGAAUUGCAAAGUGCACUUGCAGAGAAGUCAAACCAAUUAAGUGUAACUGAAAACAAGCUCAGAGAUGCUUUGGAUGAGGUUGCCAUGCUUAGGAGGGAGAUGGAAACAAGUGGUAAACUUCUUGAUGAAUCUCAGAUGAACUGUGCUCACUUAGAGAAUUGUUUGCAUGAAGCAAGAGAGGAAGCCCAAAGCCAUCGUUGUGCUGCUGAUCGGAGGGCCUCAGAGUAUAGUGCACUGCGUGCAUCUGCUGUGAAGAUGCGUGGUCUUUUUGAAAGACUUCGAAAUUGUGUCUACGCUCCUGGUGGGAUGGCUGGUUUUGCUGAUUCUUUGCGUGCUUUGGCUCAGUCUUUGGCCAAUUCCGUUAGUGAUAGUGAAGAUGAUGGAACUGCUGAGUUCCGUAAAUGUAUCCGGGUCCUUGCCGAAAAAGUUGGUUUCUUGUCCAGGCAUCGCGAAGAGCUGCAUGAGAAGUACACUAAUAUUGAAGCAGUAAAUGAACAGCUUAGGAAGGAACUGGAAGAGAAAAACGAGCUGGUUAAAACUCUGUACACUAAGCAUCAACUUGAGAAGCAGGCAAACAAGGAAAAGAUAUCUUUCAGCCGCUUGCAAGUCCAUGAGAUUGCUGCAUUUGUACUUAACUCAGCUGGGCAUUAUGAGGCUAUCACCCGAAACUGCUCCAACUACUACUUGUCUGCUGAAUCUGUGGCCUUGUUUACUGAUCAUCUCCCAAUCCAACCAAGCUUUAUUGUCGGCCAGAUUGUGCAUAUUGAGCGCCAAACUGUAAAGUCACUGCCGCCUUCGUCAACUAGACCUGAGCAUGGUAGGGCGGAUCCUGUGGAUCAAAUGACUUCUGACUCAGGGACAGAGCGGUUAACCUUGAAUUCUGGAUCAAGUUUAAACCCCUAUGGUCUCCCUAUUGGAUGUGAAUACUUCAUAGUGACAGUAGCCAUGUUACCUGAUACCACCAUUCAUUCACCGCCUCCUUCCUGAUCCCUGCCCUGAAAGCAGAUAUGACAUGAUGGAAGAAACCAAAGUGUACAUACGUUAUGUAAGCCAUCAUGGUGGCAGUUGAUCUAGAUUUUCCUUUUGUACAGCUGAUAUUCCAAGUUUAAUCUCCUUUGUACAUAAAGCUACUCUUUUUAGGUAUGUAAAAAGAAAAAAAAACUGUAAAUAUUCUCCAGGCAUUUGCCCUCUAACAAAGCCUUUGUUCAUUUAUUCUAAGUUCAUUUCAAAAA